AAAAUUGAGUCACUGAAUUUUUGCGCUUACAAUAUCAAACGAAAAAUAUUAGUGGUUAUGAAAAAUCAAACUAUUACCAUUAAAGACAACUUCAUAGUUACACGCAACACUCCAUGAGAGGUAUUAUAAGGCAAAGUAGUAGGUAUUUGUCUACCUUAAAGCCUACUAUCAAGGAAUUAUUAUCAAAUCCUCCCCAAGUCGAGAGCUUGAUAACUGCUCUGGGUCAUAUUAAAUCAAUUCGACAUGGGAAAACAGCUGGAUUCAUAGAUGUAAGUGAUGGUUCAUCUCAUUCAAACUUGGCUGUUGUUAUAAAGAAACCAGAUGAAGUGCUUCCCAAACUACAGUUAAAGCUCGGCCAAAGUGUUAACAUUAAAGGAUCAUGGAUAGAAUCUAAAGGUACUCAACCAUAUGAGCUUGUUUAUAAUAUUGAUGAUCAAAGUCAUGAUAUAGCUAUAAUAGGAGAUGUACCUGAAACGUAUCCAAUUCAAAAGAAGAAUACCACUAUGCAGAAUUUACGUCAAUUGCCCACGUUAAGACAUAGAACAUCCACCCUUGCAUCAAUUUUAAGAUUUAGAAGUUUUCUUGAAUCGAAAUUUAUGGAAUUUUUUAAUGGUCGUCAAUUUAUAAAAGUUUCACCACCUAUAGUUACAUCAUCUGAUUGUGAAGGUGCAGGUGAACAAUUCAGAAUUGAAUCACUUACGAAGUUGAAUGAUUCACAAAAGGAGCCAGAAGACUUCUUCUUUGGUAAGAGUGCUUUCUUGACUGUAUCUACUCAACUUCAUUUAGAAGUACUUACCCUAAGCUUAAACCGAGCAUGGACUUUGACUCCUUGUUUUAGAGCAGAAGUAUCAAAUACUAAUAGACACUUGAGUGAAUUCUGGAUGUUAGAAGCUGAAAUGUGUUAUAUAACUGAACUUAAUCAAUUGACUAGAUUCACUGAAGAAAUGAUAAGAUAUGUUACUCAGGCUGUAAAAGAUUCAAAUGAUGAUUCACCAGGAAAUGGUAUUGAUUUGAUCAAUUCUAGAUUCAGUAGAGAAGAAGCUGAGAAAAUGAAACAAAGAUGGGAUUCGAUUUUGACUGAAAAAGAAUGGCCCUCGAUUACAUAUACAGAAGCCAUUGAAAUUAUCAAUAGAGUAAUGAAUAAGGGCCGUCUGAAAAAUAGACUUACUUGGGGUGACUCGAUCCAAACUCCUCAUGAGAAAUGGUUAGCUGGUGAAUAUUACAAGUCUCCUGUCUUCAUAACUGAUUAUCCAAAGGCUGAAAAGCCAUUCUAUAUGUUAACAUCUAACUCAUAUUCUGAAGACAAGCCUACAGUAGCUUGUUUUGAUCUCAUUCUUCCAGAAAUAGGUGAAUUAAUAGGAGGAUCCUUAAGAGAACAUAAUUAUCAAAAACUACUUGAAGAUAUCGAAGAAAAAGACAUGAAUAAAGAUGAAAUAGAAUGGUAUCUUUCCACUAGACAAAAUGGAACUGUCCCACAUGGUGGUUUUGGAAUGGGAUUUGAAAGGUUAGUAGCUUAUUUAUCAUCGAUGGACAAUGUCAAGGAUGUGAUCCCAUUCCCAAGGGUCUCUCAAAGCUGCUCAUGUUGAUCUUACUCUUGUAAAUAGACCUUGUAUUAGUAUAAAUAGAUCAAAUUCAUGUAAAUAAAAUAGCCUAUUUUGCAAUUUAUUACGUAAUCGAA